AUGAGCUACGCAACCGCGGAGGACGAUGAUUUAUAUGGAGGAUAUGAUGAACAGUCAAAUCCCCUUGCGGGCUCCGGAGGCGCUGCUUUUAAAGCGCUUGGUUCAGAUGCUCCGCCACCUGGGACAGCCAUGAUGGGUCCACCCGGCACAGCCAUGAAGAGCUUCGUGCCGGGCACGGCCAUGCGUGGAGGCACAGCGAUGCAGGACCCCAGCAUGGCGCGCCCUAUGACAUCCAACAGGGGCGCAGGGUUCACGUCUGCACCCAACAAGAAGUUCGACCCCCUGAACAGAUCAAUGGGGACAACGUUGGGGUCUACGGGAGGAGCCACAAUUUUGGCGACGCGCAAGGGUGAUGUGACGCCGGAGGAGCAGGCCAGGAAUCUUGAAAAGACGGUGCAUGAGUUAUUGGAGAAAAGUGCGGCGGACUGCGUCAAAGGAGACAUGAACUCGGCCCUGGAACACGCAAUGGAAGCCAAGAAGAACGAGCGCAAGCUCUGCCGCUUUCGUCAGCAGCAGAACAUGGCUGAGCAGAUUAACCCGGAACUCAUGUACGCUAUCGACUUCAACCUGGCGCACAUGUACCACAUGAACCGAAAUUACAGCGAGGCCCUGAACCUGUAUCAAGCUAUCGUGCGCAACAAGGACUAUCCUCAGUCUGGCUGGCUCCGAGUCAAUAUGGGCAACAUUUACUUGGAGCAGAAGAAGUACCCCACAGCCAUCAAGAUGUACCGUAUGGCUCUGGACCAGAUUGCAGCUACCGCCAAGGAGGUGCGGUUCAAGAUCAUGCGGAACAUUGGCAUUGCCUUUGUGAAGCUGGGCCAGUAUCCUGACGCGCUGCAGUCCUUCGCCACCGUCAUGGACAACGUACCUGACCACCAGACCGGCUACAACUUGGUCAUGUGCAAUUAUGCGCUUAGCGACCGGGAGGGUAUGAAGACCGCCUUCCAGAAGCUUCUCAAGGUGAGCCCACCCCAGGAGAUGGACGACGACGAUGACGACGUGCUCAAUGACGAAGACGAGAUGCAGGCGGUGGUGGCGGACGACGGGCUGAAGGAGGAGCUGCGGAAGCGGAACAGCGCCAUCACGAGGCUCAUCGUGAAGGCCGCUCAGCUGAUCAGUGAGAAGGUGGAUCGAGCCAACGGCUUCGAGGGCGGCUUCCAGUGGUGCUGCGAGCAGCUGCGGGAAGCGGGUUACACCAAGUUGGCCAACGAGGUGGAGCUGGCCAAAGCCACGCGCUUCAUGGGCCAAAAGCAAUUUGACAAGGCCGUCUCCGUCUUCAAGGAGUUUGAGAAGAAGGAGCCGCGUGUUAAGGCUCGCGCCGCCACAAACCUGGCUUUCCUGUACUUCCUGGAGGGUGAAACGGACCAGGCGGACAAGUACUCUGAGAUGGCACUUAAGAGCGACAGGUAUAACGCCCGUGCGUACGUGAACAAGGGCUGCGUGCUGGUCGAGCGCGGGGACCUAGAAGGAGCGCGUUCGUUGUUCAAUGAGGGGGCAGGUAUCGACCCCUACUGCGUGGAAGCCAUCUUCAACCUGGGCUUGGUGUCACAACGUCUCAAUGAGCUGACGUACGCGUUGGCGGCAUUUAAAAAGUUGUACAACAUGGUGCCCGACAACGUGGAGGUCAUCCACCAAAUUGCCACCACAUACGACAUGAUGGGCGACUUCAAGAACGCUGUCAAGUGGUUUGAAAUGUUGACAAGCCUAGUGCCCAACGAUCCCGGGGUACUGGCUCGAUUGGGCGCCAUCCACGCGCGAUUCGAUGACGAGGCAAAGGCGUUGCACUACUACCAGGAGGCCCACCGUGUCUACCCGGUCAACAUGGACGUCAUCUCGUGGCUGGGGGCCUACCAUGUCAAGAGCGAGGUGUACGAGAAGGCGAUGCCCUUCUUUGACCUGGCUUCCAAAAUUCAACCGCAGGAGGUCAAGUGGGCCCUGAUGGUGGCCUCGUGUUACCGCCGCACCAACAACCUGCCGGGGGCAUUGGCCAAGUACAAGCAGAUCCAUGCCGCGCACCCAGAGAACGUCGAGUGUCUGCGCUACCUGGUGCAUCUGUGCAGCGAGUUGGGUCGUCGUGCAGAGGCGGCGGAGUACAUGACCAAGCUCAAAAAAGCAGAAAAGGCUGCGAUGCCGGACGCCGCAACGAUGGCAGCAGCUGCGGCACCCGUCGCUGCAUCUGCUAGCCCCAUGGGCAUGGACGACGACCUCGGCACGUCCGCAGUCUCGGCGCAGAAUCGCGGCAAGAAGAUGCUGGUCAAGGAGCAUUUGGGAGGGAAAGAAGCCGACGACUGGGGAAACGAGCAGCUUGGGGACGACCUCCUGCCUAUGUGA